AUGGCGAUCACGGAUCCACGCAAGGGAGACAUUGUUGCAGCAAUGGGCGAGGCCACUGCGUCUGAGUCUGUGCUUGAAAGAAGUCGCCAGCGCAUGGCCAGUGAUGUUUUGGGGGCUCUUCUCUUGGAAAAACGUCCACGAGUUACGAAUCUUACUGUGAAUCGUGAAUAUCUCAGUUCUUUACCUGACAAUACCUUUGGAAAAGCUUAUGCCAAGUUCCUUGAUGGCUUACACACCUUUCCCGAUGCAAGACCUCCCGUGAGAAUUGUCCAAAACAAAGAUCAUCUCUACGUGAUGCAGCGUUACCAUGAAACGCACAAUUUCAACCAUGUUCUCCUGCAAAUGCCUACUCAUAUGUGGCGAGGAUAUGCAACAUCAGGAAAGCAUGUGCAGCUUGUGCCAGAGCUAAUAUGGGACCUCUGUUCCGGACCCCUCCCCCCAGAAGAACAGCUUGAUCGAAAACAGUCACUUGCACGACAAGCGCGGCUCGUCGACUUUGUAUUGGAUUUCGACGCUGCCAAGAUGUGCACACCUGCCCUGCAGAAUGAUUUUAGUCGUUAUCGACGAGCGAUCGGUCUAGGUUAGCUUGGAACCAGUCCAUCACAGAUGCUCUGUUGAAUGCUAUCCGAUACACCUCGAAACACUUUACCCAGGUUUCAACACCAAAAUCGGUACGAGCUAUUCUACCAUGACUUGUCCACUUUCCUACUUACGUGAUGUGAUCCUCAUAAUUUUUUGGCAGCCCAUGCUAAUCAGUAUACAUCGCCCAUUCCACGAAUUUUCCUACGAAAUCGGUGCCAAGUAUUCCAUGCUCAUUGUAAUCUGAUAGCCUGUUAGCGUUCUAUUCUAGUCAUAAUCUAGAUGUUCUAAGUCAUAAUUUUGCAAAUCUGCAUAUGAAUUCGAAUUGUAACAACUAUACAGUCAAUAUUUAUAGUAUAACAGUGCUUUGACAAAAUUGUUAAACUUGCA